GUUUUGGCCGACAGUCGCGUUUGCAACGAUCUAGCGAGCGGUAGACUUUACGCGUUUAGUGCGAGAGAAAGGAGCUGGAAGGCGCCUGACAAACUGAGAAUCUGAGAAACUGAGAACCUGAAUCAGAACGAGGCCAGUAGUAUCAGGAGUAAGGUAACUAGGACACACCUCCGGCCAGCCAAAAUGAGCCAGAACCAACUCAUCUCAGAGCAACUGCUCUUCGAGGAAAAGCCUCUCCAUGUGCCCCCAUUGUCGGAACUGCAGAAAGUUAUACAGGGUGCCUUGACUGCCAACUUUGCCAGAGUGGAUGUGAGUGUGGGUCCUUGUCCGGAUCUGAAGGACUCCCAGUUUGGUCUGGUGGAGAGUGGACUGGGUGGCAAACCCACUUUGCUAGAGGCUGGAGGCCCUCCCUUUUUGCUGCCCUUGGUUCAACGCGAUAAGUUGUACAAUAUCACGGAGAUCACGCGAAAGAUUCAGGGUCCUGGCAAGAUCUUUGCCGUGGGCGCAGGAGCAGGUCCUUGGCCAAUUAGGGGAUCCAAUUGCGAAGGCAUCUACAACCUGUCGGUGAGCGAGACGGAUGAGCUCACCAAUGGCAGCUACACGGCCACGGUGAGGGGUGCAAAGGAGGAGUGUGUCCUGGAGAAGAUUCCCAACGCAGAACCCCGCUGCGCCCUGCUCCUGAACCUCUUUCUCAGCCAGGGAAAACCUGGUCAGGUCCUGAGGAUCACCGCCAAGCAGAGGACUGGCGAACAGAACUUCAUCGAGUGCAUUCGUAAGGGUCUGGAGAACCACUAUGGCGACAAGGUGGUGGGUCUGGGUGGCAUUUUCCUGAUCAAGAAGGGGGCUGCUCAUCAGCACGUGAUGCGGGACUUCAGCAAGACACCCAUUCACACCGACGAGGAGGUCAACGAAUGGCUCAAGUUCUACGAGAUGCCCGCCCAACUAAAUGCCGUGGGCACUUUGGUGACCAAGGAGCACGACCUUGACCUACGCCUGCAGCACUUCCACUCCUUCUCCUUCAGCAACUGGGGUGGUCACUAUCAUUAUGACACAACGCCCGAUGUGGUGGAGUACGAGGCCUAUCUGAAUGUGGCCGAGCGGGUGGUGCGGGUGGACAAGCCCGAGGCCACUCACAAGGUCGGACGAGACUAGAUCUUAUCACCCCAUAUCUAUUUGCCCCGACACCCCCAUAAAUAAUAUAGUAAAUAAAAAUAAAACUAAAAAGUAAA